AUGUCCUGGAUCCGUCCGGUCCUCCUCCGGCCCCGAGCUGGUCUCCUCAUCGUCUUCGCGGCAAGCAUCCCCGUCGGGGCGCAAAUCCGGAAGUGGACCUCGCCAGCAGAAUCCGAGUCUUCGUCGCUAAACCCGCAUACUUUCACGCCUUACACGAUAGUCUCCAAAGAACCCGUGUCCUCAACCAGCAGUAUCUUCACCCUCCGCCACAACACAGCGCGCGCCGAGCCCGAUGACCUCAAGGAUGUGUGGAAAAAAGCUGUCUGGAGCAUACAGGUGAAGCAGCCGCAGCUACAGAUUGCACGCGCUUAUACGCCGCUGCCGCCUACUACACCCGCUGGUUCGGAAACCGAGGACGACUACGGGAAUCUGCGCCUCCUCAUCCGCAAAGAGCACAAUGGGGAGGUAUCGACGUUCCUCCACCGACUGCCGGAAGGCUCUGCCGUCGAGAUACGAGGGCCGAACAUUGAGCUAGAGAUACCAGACGACGUGAGGGAGGUCGUGUUCCUCGCUGGAGGAACGGGGAUAGCGCCUGCGAUGCAGGUUGCGCAUGCGCUGGCUGCCAGACCGGAAACGAGGAUGCACAUACUGUGGGCCAGCAGGAGGAAGGAAGAUUGUAUGGGCGCCAAAAGCGAUAGCUCUGAUGUCAUCAAGCCGGGCAGGUUAUCUGGCUGGAGGAGUCUGUUUGGGUUGGAAGAGCCGGUGGUCAUAGAAGACUACAGAGGCGAGGAUACGCAACCAGGCCGCAUUGUGAGGGAGUUGGAGGCGCUCAGGGAGCAGUCAAAGUCAAGCUCGGGUAAUGGAUUGAGUGUGGACUAUUUUGUGGACGAGGAGAAGAGCUUCAUCAAGCCGGGCCACGUAUCGAAGCUUCUACAGCCGGCGACACUGCAACCGCGCUCACUGAAAGGAACGAGACUCUUGCUGGUAUCUGGACCAGAGGGCUUUAUCGAGUACUGGGCAGGCAGAAAGCUGUGGGCAGAUGGUAGAGAGGUCCAAGGUCCUUUGGGAGGCGUCUUAUCCCAGUUAGACUUGAAAGGCUGGAGAGUGUGGAAGCUAUGA